GCUUCUUAUAACUCAGCAGAAGGUUGAGUGUAAUCACCAUUAUGCAUUUUUUGGCGGUGGUUCUAGGUGGUAGCGCAUGCAACACCAAAAGAAUGACAAUAAGAGGUAUCCAACAAGGAACGGGUGCAGCUCUGCUGCUCUUGGCACUUUUUGCAAAUUAUCAAAUUAUACCUUCAACCAGUGCAGCUCCAAUAGAUUGCCAGAGGAACACUGCUGUCUGCUUAGAAGAAAUUAUGAAGGAACUGACCCAAGUUCGAUUUGGGAUUAAACUUCUCACGGAGAACAUAACAUUGGUGAGAUCUAAAAACUGUGCUGAGCUGUACAAAUCCGGUCGAAGGAUCAGCGGUGUUUACACAAUCGACCCAGAUGGUUUAGGCGCCUUCAAUGUAUAUUGUGACCAUACAACAGCUGGUGGGGGAUGGACAGUGAUCCAGAAGAGAAUGGAUGGCUCCGUUGAUUUUAACCGCACCUGGAAUGAAUACAAAGAUGGCUUCGGUAACUUGGUCGGUGAAUUUUGGCUCGGACUGGAUAAGAUAAACCGUCUCACAAGAAACAAGACAAAAAACAAGCUUCGAGUAGAUCUGGGAGUAAAAAAUGUGAAAACUGUUCACCCUGAGUAUAGCUGGUUUGGCAUUGGGAACGAGACAGCUGAGUACCAGCUGUACAUUGGCAAUUUUAUAAAUGACACUGUUUCCGCUGAUUCCCUGAGUCCACACGGAGAUUUCGUUUUCGGUACCUGGGAUAGAGAUCCCGCUGGUUGUACCCAAAAAAGAGGUGGAGGCUGGUGGUAUGACAACAGCAGCAAAUGUAUUGUUUUGUCAAAUCUCAAUGGUAUUUAUCCGCGUUGUGGAUAUAAAACCUGGUCCGAUAUUCACUGGGGAGGAUUAGUUCCUACCAGUGCCGCGAGCAGCGCUCCAACAUCAACUGAAAUGAAAAUUAGACCAGUGGAAUUUACGCGCGAGGCCUAAAGUCUACAUAAAUGAAGUAGUUUGUACAACAGGAAAAUAUCGAUUACCUCUUUCAAUCUCUUUAGUUCAAGAGGUUCAGAUUUUUAGAAUACGCAAAUUAGAUUAAUGGCGGCGUCAUUGAUUCCACCACAUUUUUUUUGUAAAGAAAAUUUAUUGUAGCCAGUUGGUAUCAGAAAUGUUUCAUUAUUUGCAGACUUUUUAAGAUUUUUUUACAAUAAUACGAGUGAAAUGUCACCACACAAUUUAAGGAAUAGAAUCUUUUCAUCGCACCAAGUUUAAUUCAGAAGAAUUCUAAUGGAACGCCACAUGUCAUAAGAUAGGGUUUAUAAAUGUUUUGUUCUUAAUACUAUUGUUCUUAUCUUUUUUACUGAUUUUUUAAGCUUUGCUAUUUCAGUGCUAUCAUUAAAUAUUAGAUCGCAAAAGGUACCUUAGAAUGUAAGUUUUUAUUUUGUGAAGAAAUACAGACUGCUUUUACAUUAUUUCUACAGCUAUAUAAAACACAACUUUCUCUUAAGUUUCCCUGGGAAUCGAAUUGUCGCAGACCUUCUCCUAUGCUCGAGGAUUUCUGGGCCUACUAUGGUUUUCCACAUUUAUAUUUUCAGUAUAGCUUCUUUCGCUUGAUCUGACAAAUAGUAAAGGUAUCGAAGUACACUUCCGGGCCUGAUGCAACCGCUUACUUUCGUACAAGUAUUAGUUUACCAUGUUUCAAUGGCUGUUGCAGCAUAUUGACUGAUUAGAUACUUCUUGUAAACUAACCUACAAAAACAAUUAUGUCCCAAACUAGGAUAGAUAUUCGCAAAUGGAGAUGUGAUGAUUCAUCCCUUACGGAGUUCUUAAAUGAUAUGCUAAACAUUUCAAGGGGUUAAAAUUUGAUUAAGGUGGCAGACAAGAGAACAUACCCUAGUUGUCUGCACACUAUUCUAAAGAAUGAUGAGACGGCCUAUUGAUCAAAGAGGAAAAUGAAAAACAUUUUAUAUUUCUUUCUCAAAGUCACAAAGUCGUUUUCCUUGAUAACGAACUUAAAUUUGAGCGAUAAAAUCCAGUCUGUUGCCAUGUUCGCAGAGGCUGGUAGUUCAGUUGCGAAACACCGUUCGUUUACGGUGAUAUGUUUUUUGGUCUGGAAUAAAUACACAAAAACUGGUAGACUAUAUUUUGUUCGCGCUUAUGACUUUCUACAGCUAGGAAAGAACUCCCGGUGUUUGAUUAGUUUAUUAAGUGCAUCAUCAAGCCCACUGUGAAUGAAUGAUAAGGUUUCAGUUAGUCUUCUUAACGCCUAACGUAUUCUAAAUAACUGUUCGUGUGU